AUGCAAGGAUCUGGGGAAGAGUAUGCCAAGCGGGAGGACCACACAUGCAAAUGCUAUUACGCAGAACCAUGCCUGGGGAGUUCAAGACACAGUGAGCAAGUGACAGCUUCGGGGGUGGAAGGGAAACAGGCCCAUUCUGGCUGCUGUAUUGAGAAGAGAAUGUGGUGGACAGAUAUAGAAGCAUGGAAACCUGAUAGGGCUAUUGCAAUCACUCAGAAAAGAGGCGAUGGCAGCUUGGACCUGUUGCAAGAUACGCCCCCAGUGUUAGCUAAUGAUGUAAGGCAUCAACAAGAAAUGUUGUGGGGGUUCAGGAAAGGGGAAGGUGGGGUCGUCCAAGGACUGGGAAAGUCUUCAGUUGAAGGCGAGACAGUUGGGACUAUUGGUGAGUUUCCAGCGAACCAACGCCUCGCCGGCUGCGCGGGGCGGCUCGCCACCUUGGCUUCAUUUUUGCCCCACGCCCUACCCCUGAACGCGCGGCGCCUUUUGACCCCGCCGCCGCGCCGUAGACCGCGCUGCACGCCGGAGGCAGUCAUGGCGGAUGUGUCGGAGAGGACGCUGCAAUUGUCAGUGCUAGUAGCCUUCGCUUCUGGAAUACUCCUGGGCUGGCAGGCGAACCGACUGCGGAGGCGCUACUUGGACUGGAGGAAACGGAGGCUGCAGGACAAGCUGGCGGCGACGCAGAAGAAGCUGGACCUGGCCUGAGACUCCGCGCCUUCCGGCCCAUUCUUGAUUCCCCGCAUGGCCACCUUGCCAUGUCCGCGCCGGAGCUGCGGUCCGGCGGCGGCCAGAACCAGGCUUGCCACGCAGUCCCCGCCUGCCAUGGCCGGCUCUUCCUGGAGUGUUGCUCGUUGAAGAUGCAUAUAGACUACUGGAAAGAAAUGACUUCUUGCACUUUAUGAAUCAAUUUUAUUUUUAAAAUAAAAAAAUUAAACAUC